GUGAGAAGAUAAUGGUAGGGGGUGAUGUACAGGGCGGGGCAUUUUCUAUGGACAAACAUAAUUGACAAGCGGUCCCAUCUCAGAAAAGAAAAAAGAAAAAAUAAUGAAAACGAAAACAAGAGGUAUCAUGCCAAGUCCCUCUAUGAUCCCCGUCCAGCCAUCCCUCUAGGCUUCCAUCAUCAAAGCAGUUGCAGUUGCCAGGCCACAGGGAGAUGGAGGUGGCGGUGGUGGGCGCCGUGGUGGGCGCCGUGGUGACCAACCUCGUGUCCAAGCUCUCGGCGGUGAUAGACAAGAGAUUCAGCGAGUUCGGUGACCUUGAAGACGACAUCAGGUAUCUGAAAACCGAGCUCGCCAUUAUUGCUGCUAAAAUCGACGACCAGCACAAGGGGCAGCAGCCUAGUGUCUUGCAGAACAUAUCCACCGCAGACAUGCGCGAUUUGGCAUUCGACAUCGAGGAUUGCCUCGACCAGUUCCUUCCCUGUGCCGCGUGCAAGCGAGGGGCCGUGUCAAAAGGCGACUUAGUGGACUUUGCCAUUCAGGUUGGGAAACUCAAGAAGCGGCUGGAGAGGGCCAAGCAGCAGAGAACCGAUAAUGGUGCCAACGGCAGCCAGCAAGCCAUCGACCUUGCUGACCAAUUGCUUGCUAUUCUAGCUGAGCCUGCAGAUCAGGUGGGCAUCGAGGAACCCAAGCAGGAGAUCCUGGGUUUGCUCGGUAGUGAGAAGCUCCUGGUGAUAUCCAUCGUCGGGUUUGGCGGCUCGGGCAAGACCCAACUCGCAAGGGCGGUGUUCGACUGCGAUGAAGCCAAAGAGAAGUUCGGUGCCCGUGCCUGGCAUACGGCAUCGGAGCACAAAGAUGGGCUUGAGCUCUUGCUCGCGAUACUGCAGAAACUUUUUCCAAAAGAAACUCUACUAUCCGUGUCACAAAUGCAAAGUCAAGUCUCGAGGUUGCAACAACGUAUCAGAUUUGAAAAGACCAGGUGUUUAAUUGUAGUUGAUGAUAUCGAGAAGCAUCAUUGGGAAGCAAUAAAGAGUUUCUUUUCUGAGACAAGGAUAAUCAGAAUACUAGUGACCACAACUGUGCAGACAGUAGCCAAAGCAUGCACCAAAGAUCACGGUUAUAUUUACAAUAUGAGAACUCUUAGUGUAGGAGACUCUAAGGAUUUACUAAAGAAGUGGGUUGGUGAUUUCAAUAGAAAUUCAACUGACUUGGAGGAUGGUUCAGCUGCAAUUGUUCGCAAAUGCCAUGGCCAUCCACUAGCUCUCAUCAGUGUGGCCAACUAUUUGUUACAACAAGAGCAGAUUACAGGAGCAGUCUGCCAAAAUACCAGCAGGCUCCUAUGUACUCAUAUGGACGAGAACAAGCAUGGAGACUUCACAAAACUUCGACAGAUUCUGGUGAAUAAUUAUAUCAAUUUGCCUUUCCAUCUCAAGACAUGUUUGCUGUACACAAGUUUAUUCCCAAAUGAUCGUCCUGUCAGCACGAAAACUCUUACCAGCCGAUGGUUAGCCGAAGGAUACAUAAAGCGUGAGACUGAACGCACUUACCAGGAGUCUGCCGAUGAAAAGUUGGAGCAACUGAUGGACAGGAAUAUCAUUCGGCCGGUCGAUACAAGCAACCGUGGAGAAAAGAAGACAUGCAAACCUCACGGUAUCAUGCACCAGUUCAUGCUGUAUAAGUCCAUCUCUUCGAAUUUUGUUGCCCCAUCCCUUGAGAACCGAGGCAAUUUUCGUCACAUCAUGAUGGAUAACCAAAGAAAUAGAAGAGAAACCAACAUGGAUCAUGGUGCCGCCGGUCCAGCUGCACAUCGCCCCAACCAACCAAAAAACUUCUUUAGGUUCUUGAAACCAUCUAAGAGUACAGUAUCCAGUGAGGACCUGCGUCCCCGGUCUCUAACAGUCUUUGGAAGUGCAGAAGAAGCUGUUUAUUCGGAUUUGAUCAACUGUAAGCUGCUGAAAGUGUUGGAUCUAAAAGAGUGCAAUAAUUUGCGGGACAAACAUAUCAAGAACAUAUACAAGCUGUUGCAUCUCAAAUAUCUGACCCUCGGGAGCUCUGUUAGGAGACUUUCAGAUGAAAUAGGAAAUCUACAUUGUUUGGAGACACUCGACUUGAGGAAGACCAAGAUAGAAACACUACCUGUGGAAGUCAUCAGUCUGCCCCACCUAGCACACCUGUUCGGAAAGAUUAAGCUUAACAAGUUGAGUAGAAAGAAGCUUGACAAGUUACUGUCAGGAGAAUGCAACUUGGAGACUCUAUCAGGAGUUGUUGUGGAAAGGAACUCCCCAUUCCCUGAAUUGAUGGAACGUAUGAAAAAACUGACAAAGGUGAAGAUAUGGUGCGUGAUUACCAGCACAGAUGGGAAUUACACCAAACUCUCAGAUGCCAUUCGCAAGUUUGCUCAGGCUGGCAUGGAUACUUCACAAGACGCCCGUUCUCUAUCACUUCAUCUUAAUGGUUCUUCCAAAGAUCUAGUUCAGCUCAGCACGACAUCAAGACAGGCUGGGUCAGCUCCCCUGGUUUUUUAUCUUAGCUCACUGAAACUGCACGGCAGGCUGAGUCACUUCAAAGAGUUUGCUAAGGCCCUGUCUGGUCUCAGGGAAUUGUGCCUUACAUGUACUAAUCUGGAGGGGCCUGUUCUUCUAGCAUGUCUACGUGAGCUAUGGUGCCUGGUUUAUCUCAAACUGGUUGAAGACCGUCUUGAUGAUUUAGACAUAAACCUUGAUGGUGAUCUCGCAAGCCUGCAACGCCUAUGCAUUGUGGUGAAACAAUCCAAAUUCCCCACAAUUGCACAAGGAGCUUUGCCAGGUCUCGUUUCACUUCACAUGCUCUGCAAAGAUCUAGUGGGUCUUUGUGAUGACAUCAAAGUGGAAUGUUUCAGAGAUCUUCGUGAAGUCGCUCUGGACUCUGAGGUCAAUCAAGGAACCAUUGAACUCUGGGAAAAUAAAGCUAAGGAGCACCCUAAGAGGCCAAAGGUUCUGUUGCUCAAAAGGGUUGAGGCAGCCGACACCUGGUCUGCGGCGAAAUAUGUUGCCACUGAUCAGAGACCCUCCAUGCUUCUGGUGCAGGGGACGCCGUGAUCCCUUCUUCUGUAUGCCAAGUUUGAUUGCAGAAGAUGCUGAAGUGAAGAUUGCUAUGUGGUGCUACUUCUAAGUUGAUGGUUUGAAGAUAAAAUAAAAGGAGGAUGACUGAAGCAAACAAGCGCGCGUCUGCCAGAGCACCUCGUGGUCUCCGUGGAACGAGCCUGGUGGGAAUAAACACAAGCACCUGCAGGGCGCGGGCAGAGCAGACGAGAGCUGACCUCCUUGUGAGUGGCGCUUGCUUCCAGCCGACGGAGGAGAGGGCGGCGGAGCAAUCAUGCCGGCUGGGGAGCAGAGCAGCUUGAAUACGAGGCGUCUUCGUCCUUGCCCGCCGUCAGUCUCCUCGGCGCCGCCGCCCCCCCGUGGUCGGGAGCAGAGAAGAGCAGAGGAGGAAGGAAUAGUGUGUGCGAUAGUGGGCCAUUUCGGUGAUGUUACUGUUCAAGGGCCAGGGUACAUGGGCCUGGCCGGCUGGUCCCAUUUUCCCCUUGUUAAAAACAAUUAAAGGACUCAAUUCAAAA